UCGCUGACGAUAGAAACGGGCGUGAGUGCAAAGAGCUAGAAGUUCUAUCCGACGAAGAUGAGUGUUUCUAAUUUAUUACCUGUGUUUUCACGAUUAUCUUUACGUAAUAUAACUGGCGUGCGAAAUAUAUCGACAUGCACCAGUCCCCUGUACUUCAGAAUCAGCAGUGCUCUUUUAGCAGAACCAUUGAAGAGAAAAAAGAAAAUAGAUCCUGCAAUUAUCAGAGCACGAGAAGAAAAAAGAAAAAAGAAACUGGAGAAGCAAAUCCGUAGAUUGCAAAAACAAAGUAAACAGUUAAAAUCAGUUGAUGAGAUGGAAGUCCCAUCUAAGUUAAUUGAAGAAAAGGAGCAAAGAUUGCGAAAGGUUUCACCGUUGUCAAAAGAAGAAGAGGAAUCUAGAGUUUUAUUGCUUAAGGAGUGGACCAAGUAUAAAACUCAGCAGCGUUUAGGUGAUAUUCGAGCGAUAGAUUCCAUGAUGUAUUCUCAACAAAAGGCACUUGACGAACUUAGAGCAGUAUCUGAAGAUUUAUAUCAGGAAGCCAUACAAGUGGACUCGGGACUUUUACCACAUAUUGCCAAAGGUCCGCUCAGAACGCCGCCGAUAGAAAAUUAUGACAGUCCCGAUGGAGAAUAUAUAAAUACAACUCGGAGGUACGAAGGAGAAGAAUAUUAAGAAUAUUUGAUUCCGAUGAAAAAUUUGUACAAAUAAAGCAUGUAUUUUCACAUUUUUCACAAAAGUGUGAAUCUGUACAAUUAACAAUGUUUGUAAAUUUAAUAGAAUAGACACAUAGAAAGCGAUAAAGUAAUUAUGUAAACGUUUUAAUAUAAGGAAAAGAAAGAAUUAUCCUGUAAAAUCUUUCCUAUCUUUGUUUUGGAAAACUAUAUAUACAUAUAUACAUAUAUAUAUGUAUAUAGACAGAUAUGACAUUUUUACAUUCAAAUUCAUAGAUAUACAUAAUUUUUAUUAAUACUGAAUACAACGUAACCAUAGACGUACUACGUAUGUCGGUGACAUAACAAAAUAAAAAGAUAGAAAUUACGACCUGUUCAAAAUUUCUAAGAACAGACGUGAGAUAGAAUAAUAAUACACGCGAAAAAAACAGAAAGAGUCAUUUUGUAAAUUAUGUAUAAACAACACAGUUAUUUUUUUGUUCAACGUUACGUGCUAACGAAAAGUUUGUAAUACAAAGUAAGCGUAUUUUUUUACUUCGACCCGGUUACAUGAAUGUAACAUAUAAAUUAUAUAAAUUACGUUCAGUUCAGCCAAUAAUUGACCGAUGUGAUAAAGAAGUGUUUGAUGUGCUCUUAAACUAACACGAUGCUGGGCUGAUCUAUAUAUAUCACAGUAAUGUAUAUCUAAAAAGGAACAUGCACACAUUCCACACAAAUAUUAUUGCCAUUUUUACAUAAUAAUGUCGCGCAAAUUUCUCUUUUCUUCCUUCUCCUUACUGGGUUCCGAACAAUAUAGAAAAGUGUCUAAAAAAAAAAAAA